AUCAAUAAUAAGAGAGACAAAGAAGCUAACAAAAAGUUGUGUAUUUAUUACAUUUAUUUGCAUGAUGAGAAACCCCAUGUUGCAAACAAGAAGAAUCCCCUCACCAAACCACUCUAGCUAGCUAACACCUGAGGUGAUCCCCUCUUAAUUAUAACAGUACAAGGAAUUAAAGCACUAGCCCGAGCUCUAAGCAAAGUAGGUGGUGGAUAGCUACUUCAGGAACACCAGAAACUGAAUCUCCUAUUACAUUCCAAGGAUGCAUCUCUUUCUCUUCUGCGUACAUGAGCCUCGAUCUCUUUGUGAGCGAAUAAUUCGGAGUUUUUGAGGUCGUGCGAGAGAGGGAGAGAGAGAGAGAGAGAAAGCAGCAGGUUAAGGAGAGCACAAUGCAGCUGCACAUAUCGCCGAGCAUGCGGCACGUGACGGUGUUGACGGGGAAGGGUGUGAGGGAUUUCAUCAAGGUGAAGGUCGCGUCGAGGCGGCUGUCGUAUCGAAUGGUGUUCUAUUCGCUACUCUUCGCGAUGUUCUUGCUGCGGUUCGUGUUCGUGUUGACUGCAAUGGAUACAAUUGAGGACCAAUAUGAGUGCUCUUCUUUAGGGUGUGUAGGGAAAAGGCUAGGUCCAAGAUUAUGGCGACGGCAACUUGAAUCGUCGAUUCCAGAAGAAAUAUAUCAGAUUCUUGAAGAAGCCAAGAUCGACGAAUUAUCGCCGCAAGGGUGGGACGUUCCGCAAACACUAGACGAGUUCAUCGCAGAGAUGAAGAGCAAUAAUCGAUCAGAUGCCAAAACCUUUGCAUUAAGGCUCAAAGCCAUGAUAUCUUUGCUGGAACAGAAGACCAGGACGGCCAAGAUCCAGGAGUACCUGUACCGCCACGUGGCGUCGACGAGCAUCCCGAAGCCGCUGCACUGCCUCUCGCUGCGCCUGGCCCAUGAGCACUCGACCAACGCCGGAGCCCGCCUCCAGCUACCGGAGGCGGAGCGCGUCCCUGCCCUUGUGAACCCCACGCUCCGCCACUUCGUUCUUGCCUCCGACAAUGUGCUGGCGGCAGCGGUCGUGGCUGCAUCACUGGUCGCCAAUGCACUCAGUCCGGAGUCGGUCGUGCUGCAUGUCAUCACCGACCGGAAGACGUUCGCGCCCAUGCAGGCGUGGUUCUCACUGCACCCGCUGGGACCUGCUGUGGUGGAGGUGAAGGGGCUGCACCACUUCGACUGGUUCGCGAGGGGGAAGGUCCCCGUCAUGGAGGCGAUGGAGAAGGACCGGGCGGCCCGGUCACAGUUCCGCGGAGGGUCGUCGGCAAUCGUGGCCAAUGUCGGCGAGAAGCCGGUUGUGGUGGCAGCAAAGUUGCAGGCACUAAGUCCAAAAUACCAGUCUGUCAUGAACCAUAUCCGCAUUCAUCUGCCCGAGUUGUUUCCUAGCCUCGACAAGAUAGUUUUUCUCGACGACGACGUCGUCAUCCAAGCUGAUCUCUCGCCCUUGUUCGAAAUCGACCUGCAAGGCAAAGUAAAUGGCGCGGUGCAGACUUGCAGAGGGGCUGACAAAUUUGUGAUGUCGAAGAAAUUCAAGAGCUAUCUGAACUUCUCACACCCUCUGAUAGCAGAAAAUUUCGAUCCUAAUGAGUGUGCCUGGGCAUAUGGCAUGAAUAUAUUCGAUCUCGACGCAUGGCGAAGAACAAACAUCAGUGAGACUUAUCACUACUGGCUCCAAAAAAACUUGAAAUCAGACCUCAGUUUAUGGCAACUAGGGACUCUUCCGCCCGGUCUAAUCGCCUUUCACGGCCAUGUUCAUGUUAUUGAUCCCUACUGGCACAUGCUCGGCCUCGGAUACCAAGAGAACACAACUGUAUCUGAUGUGCAAAAAGCAGCAGUAAUCCACUUCAAUGGCAGGGCAAAGCCUUGGUUGGACAUUGCUUUCCCACAGCUCCGACCGCUUUGGACCAAAUACUUAAAUUUCUCGGACAAGUUCCUUAGAGCAUGCAAUAUAAGAGCUUAGAACUGUUGUGCGAUUUUGAUCGGCACUUCAAGUUAAGCGACGUGAUCGAACAAGGAUAAACUCUUGGAUUUGAUCCAAGAGAAUGAACAAAGAGCAUUCGAGUUCUUAUACUGUCGAUAUGAGACGUAUUUAGAUCUUAACCAAUUUCAUGCAUAUUUUCUUCUGUAGAAAUGAUUUUGCUGUUCUUUUCUGAUGGCCUAUUUUGAAAUGUAUGCUUGGAUGGAUAUAGAAACAUUAUAAUAAAGAAAAAGAACAUAGUAUCUAUCAACCAAAGGAAAA